AUGAUACAAACCGAAAGAAUGAAACAAGUUUUAGAAAAUCGACAAAUUAUUAAACCCAUCAUUGAAGCCAUAAUGUUGUGUGGGCGUCAAAAUAUGCCUAUAAGAGGACACAUUGUCUGGGGACGCUUACAUGUUGAUGAUAAUCUACAAAAUAAUCAAGGCAAUUUUCGUCAAAUUAUUCGUUAUCGAGCACAGGGAGACUAUGUAUUAAGGUCAAUUCUAGAAAGUGAAAGAAAAGUUAAAUAUUUAAGUAACACUAGCCAAAACGCUAUCAUAGAUUCUUGUAACUCAGUUUUACUCAGUAAAGUUGUAUCAUCAGUAAAUAAGGUAAAGUGUUUCGCAGUACUUUCUGACGUGACAUCUGAAAUUUCCGGAAUGGAACAAGUUUCCUUGUGCUUCAGAUAUGUCGACUUAGACAAAUUAGAACUCCUUGAAGAUUUUCUUCAAUUUAUACCAACAAAUGAUACUACAGGAAAAGGACUAGCAAAUUUAAUUUUAUAA